GUCAACAGCAGUGCGCCUACCUGUCACUUCCUGCUGUCUCUAUUUAUUCAUUUUCACUUCUUUUUUCGUCUCGAGAUAAUUUGGCACGUUUAAACCAUGUCUGUAUGAUUCCGUCUAAUGUAUCCCGCACGCUUUGUGGAGCCUGCGGACCAAACGUUGCGACCUUGGCUUCAUGUUCGACUCAAAGCAGGACCCUGGACUCUGCUGGGAAAACACCGCCUGGCUUUAAUCCACCACCGCGGCUCGACUCGGUUUAAUGUGGACUCGGACUGUCGUCUACAGUAACACAGCAGGAGGAGCAGCAGGAGGAGCGGGAGCAGGGAGGGAGUGUGCCUGCUGGAAAGGCAUGGAUGAGAGGUUAUGUGUGCCCCCCAGCUAUAGGCCUCUGUCGCCCUGACCUGUGCAUCCCACCAGCCCCUCUGUGAGCAUGUAUCGCAGGAACGGGCUCUCAGAUGGCACCAGCAUCAAUUCAGUCACCUCAGAGGCCAGCAGCAGCUCUGACUCUCUGGAUGGACCUUGCGUGGACUAUGCUAAGAGCUAUGAUGCAGUCGUCUUUGAUGUGCUGAAGGUGACACCUGAGGAGUUUGCUAGCCAAAUCACUCUGAUGGAUGCACCGGUCUUCAAAGCGAUACAUCCAGAGGAGCUGGCCAGCUGUGGUUGGAAUGGGAAAGAGAAACACAGUUUGGCCCCGAACGUGGUCGCGUUCACACGCAGGUUCAACCAGGUGAGCUUUUGGCUGGUGAGAGAAAUCCUGACCGCCCAGACGCUGAAAAUCCGAGCAGAAAUACUGAGCCAUUUUGUCAAAAUAGCAAAGAAACUGUUGGAGUUGAACAACCUUCAUUCUCUGGUGUCAGUGGUGUCUGCUCUGCAAAGCGCUCCCAUCUUCAGACUCAGCAAAACCUGGGCGCUGAUCAGUCGGAAAGACAAGGCCGCAUUUGAGAAGCUAAACUAUCUGACAUCAAAGGAAGAGAACUACACCCGCAUGAGAGAAUACAUCCGCUCCCUGAAGAUGGUGCCCUGUAUUCCUUACCUCGGGAUCUACCUGUUGGACAUGAUCUACAUUGACUCAGCCUAUCCUGCAUCUGACAGUAUCAUAGAGACAGAGCAAAGGACCAAUCAGAUGAACAACCUCUUGAGGGUCAUCUCUGACCUGCAGAUGUCAUGUAACUAUGAUAACUUGGUGACUCUGCCGCAUGUCCAGAAGUAUCUGUUGUCAGUUCGCUACAUAGAGGAACUCCAGAAGUUUGUAGAGGAUGACAACUUCAAGCUGUCUCUGAAGAUUGAACCUGGCAACAGUUCCCCUCGCAUUGCUUCCUCUAAAGAAGACUUGGCAGGACUCGCUGAGGUAUCUGCCAGUGUGAGGUAUAACCGACGGCCCACCUGCCCCGACGCCUCUGUGGGGGUUCAUAUCCCCACCCCCCCUCCCUCCCACCACAGAAAAAGCCAUAGUCUGGGAAACAAUAUGAUGUGUCAGUAUGGCAUGUCAGAGAGCAGGAGUGCCACGUUUCCCAUAGAGAAAGCACGACACCUGCUGGAUGACAGCUUCUUAGAGUCUCAGAGUCCCGUCAGAAAUGAUCCACACAGUACGUCUGUGUCCAACGGCCUGUCAUUAGGCAGCAGUGAAAGCUCUUUUGGGGAGGAGCUAUCACCUGGACUGGAGAGGGGACGCAUGUACGCAACACUGGGCCCCAACUGGAGGGUCCCGCUUCGCAACUCCCCCCGGAGCCGCAGCUAUGUUUACAGCUCCUCUGCUGCCAACUCCUGCUAUGGAUGCAGUGAGGCCAGCGGUGUGACUCUUGAAGGACCCCUGCGAAGGAAAACACUGCUAAAGGAGGGACGGAAGCCCAAGCUGUCAUCAUGGACCAGAUUUUGGAUCACUUUGUCUGGAUCAACACUAAUAUUUUAUGGAGCCAAAGCACUGAGGGCCUCUGAGAGGAAACAUUAUAAGUCCAGCCCCUGUAAGAAGGUGUGUGUGACUGGAUGGAUGGUGGUGCUGCCAGACGACCCAGCCAGACCCAACAUCUUCCAGCUCAAUGACCCAGACAAAGGCAAUGUUUACAAGUUCCAAACAGGAUCCAGGUUUUCAGCCAUCAUCUGGCACAAAAACCUGGAGGAGGCUUGUAGGAGCAGUAGACCUCAGCUACCAGCAAACCUCAUGUCAUUUGAAUGAGAGCAGACCUCAGCCUGCGGGACAUUUUGUGCCAAACCUAUUUGUUUCAGAAGAAUAAUGGAGUACAGUGCUGAAAUGGGAGAGUCAAGAAGCAUCUCGUACUGUAGAAGAAGCUCUUAUACUGGAUGUUUGACUGCAUAUACAAAACACCCGCUUUCCUCUUCACCAGGACUAAGUGUAGUGUCAAAUCCAGUCAAUGGAAGACUUUGGUGAUGUUGGCCUUUGUGAAACUGCUAUUGCAAUGUUUUUUGUUUUUUUCUGCAUUUCAACAUGAUACUGGAAGAAGAGUAGGCAACAACAUCAACACACAUCCCCACAUGUGAACUUGGAUCUAUCAAAAAAGGUCUGGAGCGGUGAGCAUGAAAAGCAGACGAGCCUUCAUCACUGAGGGAGAAUACAGCUCGACUGAAUUUGUCUUAAAAUGAGCAAAUUGGUAGUUGUACAGAAACAUUAUGUGACCAUGAAGUUGGCUUUAAGAGCCUUAGUUGUUGGUGAAAUGAAGCAGCAGCAGUGGGUCUGUUCACGUAUUUACCCAUCGUUAUCUCAGCUAGUAGUCCUCCUGAUGUACAUAACAAGGUUUACAAAUACAUAGCAAAUCAUAUUUUCUACAACACACAUCGGAAUUUGUCGAACACCAUGGAAAUGGGACUGAACAAGCUGAUAAGUACAAUCAGUAGAGCAGAAGACAGCCAGCAUCAUGCCAAGGCAGCUGGGAGAGUGAAUUUAAAGCAAUUUACAGUGAAGUAACAAGCUUUCAGCAGUCGUCUGUGUAAAUACUGUAUUUAUUUGUAUAAGAGUUUAUUUUUUAACAGUUGGCCAUCAAAGGGAAAUCAAUCAUUGUGUUUGAUACACCAGCUGCUGCAGGAAGCUGCUCCUCAGACAGACUGUUGGUGGAAAGCCACCUUAAAACUUAGUGUGACUGCUCAGCUCAACUAAAGAGAAUUGGAAUAAGGGACUCCAUCAGCAUUGGCGCUGUUAAAUAACCUUUUUCAAAAAAGCUGAAUUUUAAGUAUAAUUUUGCUUUAUUACAACUUGGACUUGACUGUAUUGCCCUCAGUUUAUGUUAAAAAGAAAAAAGAAAAAAGAGAGUGAGCUAAAGAGAGAAGUUCAAGCCCUAGCUCAACACAAAAAAAUUAGCGGGCCUCCAAAGCUGUUUGACCACCCGACAAUCCCUGCUGCUGCUGUCACCUGCAUGCUUCAGUGAAGACUUUGAGUACGUCAAACCAGGACAAGGCCUGAGGCAGACACAGAACACCCACAUAUCCCAUGUGGCCUGGGAAUGCCAAGAGAUUUACUACUGCCACUGCGAGCCGGGCUGACCCAAGUCUGAUCAGUCAGAGACAUGAGCCAUCAGAUGAUCAAACAAAACAAAACUUCAGACAAACUCAUCAGGAAGAGAGAAUGAGCGACCACUUCCUGCGUCUGCUUUAACCCAUACACACUGGAGUUGUGUACAUAGUUUUCCUGUGCAAUGAGGGAUUAUGAGCAACAUUUCAGGUGCGUUCAGUUUUAGAUUCAUUUCCAAAAUAAAGGGCGCUGACCACAAAAUGUGAUAAAACUUCAAAUUGAUGAAAUAUAUAUUAAUUUCUUU